AUUGGAACUUUAGGACCUUAAUUAAGUACAGCCCUCUUUGAAGAAAAUGGGUUUUUAAAUCUGGUUGGAAAAAUCAGUAAUUGGGUGUAGCACUGCUUUCCCAGCUGUAGCUUGUAUUCGUUUCGGCUUCAGUUACUACGGGUCAGUCAGGGGAGAGCCGAGGGAGACUUCUUUUCUCUUCCUGAGCCGCAGAGAAAACAGGAUCAGAUUCUUGAAGGGUUGAAAGUUUUCAGCUCAACCACCCCGUGAUCCGACUCUGUUUGCCCUUCUUUAACCUUGAUUGGGCUUCAUUGUGUGGCUGGAAGUUGACUAUAUGGUUCUUCGCUUCCGAGAUGAACGAAUCGGUUGAACACUCUUCAAGAGCUCAAAGGGGAAUUCGAAUUCAAGCUCCACUGGUUGAUUCUGUGUCAUGCUAUUGCAAAGUAGAUUCAGGCUUGAAAACAGUUGUUGGAGCUAGAAAAUUUGUCCCUGGCUCAAAAAUAUGUAUCCAGCCUGAUAUUAAUCCAAAUGCACAUAGAAGUAAAACUUCGCGGAGAGAAAGGACCCGAGUCCAGCCUCCUCUCCUACCUGGCCUUCCGGAUGAUCUUGCCAUUGCUUGUCUGAUUCGAGUCCCUCGAGUGGAACACAGGAAACUCCGCCUUGUUUGCAAGAGAUGGUAUCGACUUCUGAUGGGAAACUUCUAUUAUUCUCUAAGGAAAAGUCUUGGCAUGGCAGAAGAGUGGGUCUAUGUCAUCAAAAGGGAACGUGAUCGGAGGAUUUCGUGGCAUGCCUUUGAUCCCACCUACCAGCUUUGGCAAUCACUCCCACCUGUCCCCGUUGAAUACUCUGAGGCCCUUGGUUUUGGCUGUGCUGUUCUCAGUGGUUGCCACCUGUACUUAUUUGGAGGGAAAGAUCCAAUAAAGGGAUCAAUGAGGCGGGUGAUUUUCUAUAGUGCCCGUACAAACAAAUGGCACAGAGCACCUGAUAUGCUUCGGAAACGUCACUGUUUUGGCUCUUGUGUUAUAAAUAACUGCCUUUAUGUUGCUGGUGGUGAAUGUGAGGGGAUCCAGAGAACUCUUCGUUCAGCUGAAGUUUAUGAUCCCAAUAAGAACAGAUGGAGCUUUAUUUCAGAUAUGAGCUCAGCUAUGGUGCCAUUCAUUGGUGUAGUUCAUGAUGGGUUGUGGUUCUUGAAAGGACUUGGAACUCGCAGGGAGGUCAUGAGUGAAGCCUAUUCUCCCGAAACUAAUACUUGGACAACAGUACGUGAUGGCAUGGUUGCUGGCUGGCGCAACCCAAGUAUUUCUUUGAACGGACAACUUUAUGCCUUGGAUUGCCAAGAUGGAUGCAAGCUCAGGGUUUAUGAUAGUGCAACAGAUUCAUGGAACAAAUUCAUCGAUAGCAAACUCCAUUUUGGAAGCUCUCGUGCUCUAGAAGCUGCUGCACUAGUCUCACUUAACGGAAAGCUUUGCAUUAUCCGCAACAACAUGAGCAUCAGUCUAGUUGACGUUUCAAGUUCGGAUAAAAGGGUUGAGAGCAAUCCCCACCUGUGGGAAAAUAUUGCUGGGAAAGGUCACUUAAGGACUCUAGUUACAAAUUUACUGUCCAGCAUAGCUGGCAGAAGCGGGUUGAAGAGUCAUAUUGUGCAUUGUCAGGUGCUCCAGGCAUGAGAAGCCAAAGGCAGAUCGAUUUUUUUUUCAACGGUACAGUGAAAGGGAAGGCAGAGAGAGACUAUUAUUUCAGAGAUUUCAGAGAGCUAAAGGAGAGAAAACAUGGAUUUGGUUCAAUCAAGUUCUGACCUCUUUUAAUUGCCUUCAAAAUGCCUAAUGGUGAGGCUGUUGAUUUAGUUACAGGAGGAGGGCUUAGUUCUAGAAUUUGCUUUUGGAAUGGAGUUCCCAGAUAAUUUCAUUACAUUCUUGAACAGAGAGCAAAUACUUGUAAGUAAAUCUUGUUAAUCAAUCUCAGGCUAGUUUGUUUAUUUUGUGGGGGAUCUUAUGCUAGUACUAUGUAAUCUUGGAGAUGCCUUGUGAAUACAAACAUUUCAUUAGAAUAUAAACAACACAAGAUUUAUGACU